GCAGAGAUUUCAAAAACACAAGGAUGAAGAGGAUUGCAGUCAUUAUUAUUGCGUUCAGCUGCUGUCUUUGUGAAGUACAAAUCAAUGAAAAUAAUGACAAGGUCCAUCAGUGGCCAGGAUCAACUUGCUGCUCUAAUAUGUGCUCCCUCACUUCCAUAACUCAAACCCUGGGCGCAGUUGGAGAGAAAGUAACAAACAUGGCAGAAAAAAUUACACUCCUGGAGGCUAGGUUGCAAAACACAGAGAAGGAAGUCCUGGAGUUGCGGAGUCUGACUGGAGGUGCAGCUCAGGUGGCCUUUUCUGCAGCUCUCAAGGAAUCUGGCUCUGGAAACAUUGGGCCUUUCACAACUGCUACGCCACUCCAGUAUAAGAAGGUCUUUGCCAAUAGUGGCAGUAGCUACAACCCUUCAACAGGCAUUUUCACAGCACUGGUCAAAGGAAUGUACUUCUUCCGAUUCUCAAUGUUCAACAACCUCAAUCCUGUUGCCAACUCUGUUGUGAGCCUCAUGAAGAACGGUGUGAGGCUGACGUCUGUCUGGGACACAUCUGGGACUGACGGCAAUGACAUGGGCAGCAACGCCGUGGUCAUCCCCCUGGAGGUGGGAGACAAUGUAUAUGUGGAGCUUCUAACAAACAGGGUAGUCUAUGAUGAUACCAUGAACUACAACACCUUCAGUGGUUUUCUGCUAUUCACCAUGUGAUUCAAACAACAUGAUUUCAGGGUUACCUGGCUCCUAAUACUUUUAUGAUCAAAUAAAUAUUUUACAUUAUUUAUAGGCUACUGAUAAUUGGGAAGAGGAUUUAUUCACACACAAGCAAAAAUGAGGAAAUUAAAUUAAAAUACAAUUAGUUUCCAAUGAAAUUUGUUUAUGGAAAUCUGGAUGUCAAAAGAAAAUUGUGCAAAAUUGUGAUUUAAUGUAGAAAUAUUUCUUGUACAGUUACAUUAAAAGAAGUAGCUACUAUGUGUACUAAAGGAAAAAUAUUCAAUAAAUACAAUAA